UCCAUACAUACAGAAUAGGGACAGAUACCGAGAAUUACACCCGGAUCCAGGACAGGAGAAGUGGGACUGUGCAGAGUCCAUACAUAUAGAAUAAAAGGACAUACCAAGAAUUACACCCGGCAUCCAGGACAGGAGAAAUGGUACUGAGCAGAGUCCAUACAUACAGAAUAAGGACAGAUACCGAGGAUGACACCCAGCAUCCAGGACAGGAGAAGUGGUACUGUGCAGAGUCCAUACAUACAGAAUAAGAGGACAUACCGAGAAUUACACCCGGCAUCCAGUACAGGAGGAGAAGUGGGACUGUGCAGAGUCCAUACAUACAGAAUAAGAGGACAUACCAAGAAUUACACCUGUCAUCCAGGACAGGAGAAGUGGGACUGUGCAGAGUCCAUCCAAACAGAAUAAGGACAGAUACUGAGAAUUACAGGA